ACAAUCCAAGAUCCUCUCCACUUGCCCUCACGUCUCGUGUUCGAUUCCCCCCCCACGCUCUCUCUCUCAUCACUUUCUAUCUGUAGCUAGUUGCUUAACAUCACUAAUCCAUAAAUACUACUUAACACUAACAAAAACAUUUCGACUUCUUUUUAACACUGUUUCUUUGUCUCGUCCUUCUUCAAAGACCCAAAUAAUGGCUUCUCUUCAACACUCACAAGCGAUAAAGGGUGCGAAAGUGCUUAUGGUUGGAGCAGGUGGGAUUGGUUGUGAGUUACUUAAGACUCUUGCUCUUUCUGGCUUUCAAGAUAUUCAUAUUAUUGACAUGGACACCAUAGAAGUAAGCAACCUUAAUAGACAAUUUCUGUUCCGUCAAUCACAUGUUGGACAGUCUAAAGCAAAGGUCGCUCGUGAUGCCGUGUUAAGAUUUAGGCCUCACAUAAGCAUUACCCCUUACCAUGCCAAUGUGAAGGAUUCUAACUUCAAUGUCGACUUCUUCAAGCAAUUUAAUGUUGUUCUGAAUGGACUUGAUAACUUGGAUGCAAGGCGACAUGUGAACCGCCUUUGCUUGGCUGCUGAAGUUCCUUUGGUUGAAAGUGGAACUACUGGGUUCCUAGGACAGGUUACAGUGCAUGUGAAGGGAAAAACAGAGUGCUAUGAGUGUCAGCCUAAACCUGCCCCAAAGACAUAUCCUGUCUGCACAAUUACUAGUACUCCAUCAAAGUUUGUUCACUGUAUUGUUUGGGCGAAGGAACUGCUUUUUGCAAAAUUAUUUGGAGACAAGAACCAGGUAAAUGAUUUAAAUGUGCGCUCUAAUGAUGCUUGUAGCUCAUCUGAAAACACAAACGAUGUUUUUGAAUGGAGAGAUGAUGAAGACUUCGAGCAAUAUGGAAGAAGAAUAUAUGAUCAUGUUUUCGGCUAUAACAUUGAACUAGCUUUGUCUGAUGAAGAGACAUGGAAAAAACGCAGUAAGCCAAGGCCCAUAUAUAUUAGGGAUGUCCUGCCUGACAAAAUGACCCAACAGAAUGGAAAUGUUGAUAAAACUGAUGAUCUUUCUUCAGCAUCUGCCAUGGCAUCUUUAGGCCUAAAGAAUCCACAGGAUAUAUGGUCCCUAGUGGAAAAUACAAGAGUUUUUCUCGAGGCUUUGAAGCUAUUUUUUACAAACAGAAAAAAGGAGAUUGGGAACCUGAGUUUUGACAAAGAUGAUCAGUUAGCUGUGGAAUUUGUUACUGCAGCUGCAAAUAUUCGGGCUGCUUCAUUUAACAUUCCUUCACACAGCCUUUUUGAAGCUAAAGGUAUUGCUGGGAAUAUUGUACAUGCUGUUGCAACAACAAAUGCUAUUGUAGCUGGUUUAAUUGUCAUUGAAGCAAUCAAGGUGUUGAAAAAGGAUACUGACUGUUACAGAGAAAAGCUAAUGAGGAUGACAUAUUGUCUCGAACAUCCAUCUAAAAAAAUGCUUCUUAUGCCAGUGGAACCCUUUGAGCCAAACAAGUCCUGCUUUGUUUGUUCUUCCCAGACACCUCUGUCACUGGAGAUUAAUACUCAUCGUUCAAAGUUGCGGGAUUUUGUUGAAAAGAUAGUAAAAGCCAAGCUUGGUAUGAACUCCCCCCUGAUUAUGUGUGGCUUAGCCCUUCUUUAUGAGGUUGGUGAUGAUCUUGAAGAAGACAUGAUAGCAAAUUAUACAGCAAACCUUGAAAAGGUACUAUCUGAGCUUCCUUCUCCAGUCACUGGUGGGAAAAUGCUCACAGUAGAGGAUCUUCAACAGGAGUUCACAUGCAAUAUCUAUAUUAAGCAUAGAGAAGAAUUUGAUGAGGAGAAAGAACCUGAUGGAAUGGUUCUUUCAGGAUGGACACAAGCUCCUCCUGAGAAGAAGGAUGAUAAAACAUCUAUUGGAAAUGGUGCAAGUACAUCAAAAUCAUUGCCAACAGAGCCUAUGGAUGCCCAGAAAGAUAUUGAGGAGAAAGAAAUUUCAGAUGGGACUGCUAGUCCAGGAAAGAAGAGAAAACUGCCUGAGUUUUCUGAGGGCUGCACUCUGGAUCAGUCAAAUGAGGCUGAUGAAACUAGGAAUGACAAGAAAAUCCAAAAGCUUGAUGAUGACGAUGAUGAUGACCUUGUCAUGCUUGAUCAUUGGGGUAAGGACACAAGCAAGAAGCAAAGAUUGCAGUAGUUUUUAGCUGUUACUCCAACUUGAUUGAGUAGGGCUUCUUACAUCCUAAUUGUGUAUCAGUAGGGAGAAAUGGUGAUUCUUUUGGUGCUCAUAGUUGUUAUUACUAGGUUGCGAUCUAUUAGUAUUUUGCUCGAGUACAUGCUAUUAAUUGUUAUUCUCCAUUUCCCUUUUCUGGUUUAUGUCUCUAGCUACAAUGUGCAUUCUCAUAGCUAGGUUAACAGAGUGGAAUUUGUAACAAGCAAGUACCAGAAUUCGUUGAAAAUAGACAUGUGAAAUCUGCAAGAUUUUUGUUUCAGUAUGUUGGAUUCAACUUUGAGGAAUGGAAGUUUGGGACAGAAUUCUUCAAA